GGGGAAGGACGCAAAGAGAUUUUCUUCCCAGCCUCGUCCUCUUCUGAACCUCCCAUUCCAGGCCAGCCCAGCAGGGUCACCUUCGCAAAGGCCUGGUGCUCCUGGUCUGUUGUUUACCAGCCGCUUUUCUCUCAGAGGGACAGAAGAAACCUUCCCCGCUCCUGUGUGAAAUCGACUACGGUGGAAACAACCAUGCAUCUAAAGGUGGAAGCGGCUGCCCAAGUUCUGCUGGGCUUUGCCUUUUGUCAGACGUUCGGUGCCCACAUUCCCUGCCGCGAGCCCUCCGAUGCAGAGCUGGAGUCCAUGCUCAGCCGCCAUCUUGCUCCUGGAGUUAGCUUAUUGGCUCCAAUGAAGGACGUUUUACCUGACCAGGACCAGAAGUCAUGCCCUGUGAACGUCAGCCAGACCUCGUCCCGCCUCCAGGACAGGAGCGCCUCCCCGUGGUCAUACAGAGUCAACGAAGACCCGCGCCGGUACCCCCGGAGGGUGCUGGAAGCCUACUGCUUGUGUGAGGGCUGCCUGGUAGACAGGCAGGAGGACAGGUCUGUGCAGAGCGAGCCCUUUUACCAGGAGGUGCCCGUACUGCAGAAAUCCGGCCGGUGUGAGGCAGGCCAGUACGUUUACCAGCCCAGCCGCCUGCAAGUUGCUCAGUUUUGCAUUUGCACUUUCCCUUGAGACAAGCAAAAUGCUUUCACCUGGGGCCAUCACCCUGCAGCCUGCGUCAGUGCCCCUGCCAACACAACACUGCCACUGUCAUUCGGCAGGGGGAGCGGAACGCACGCUGGAGCCUCAGGAACCGGGGCUGGCUUGGGUACUGUCCCUGGAGAAAGAUAAGUACCACAGCGAUCCCAUGUAACGGCCAGCACGCUCACCACGCCCUCGGCUACUGUCAUUCACCAGUGGCACACUCUACAGAGGACUUUCCAAUGGCCAGUCCCAUUGCUAACCUGGUUUCCUCCUCGGGGGGAUCUAGGCCACAGCCAGGUGGGACUGGCUGUUUUUCAGCUUUGCCGAGUGCUGCUAAGGCAGAGGGGACCUGCAGCCCACGGAGUUCCCCAGGGCAGCUUGCGGCUAACCCCAUUUUUAUGCAGGCUGAGAGAGGUCCAGCCCACAAGGUGACAGGUCCAGGUCAGGAUGCUCCAUCUUGAUCCAGGGGGCGGAUGCUCGACCAAGAUGGGGCUUCACACGUGACCUGUCAUCUCUGUGAGCUGCACCUCCACGUUAAACAGGAAGAGAACUGCAAUCUGCUUUCCUGGAAGGCCGCAGCCCUCCAGCUCUUGGCAGGCUGCCCACAUGGUCCUUGGCCAGACAAUGGUUGAGUGCCCCUGUUCAUGGUCCCACACAGCUUCAGAGAACACAAAGAGCAACCUGCCCCUCGUUCACUUCUCCUGGGUCCUGCAGAGAGGGGAGUUGCUUUGCUGGGAUGGACGCGACCAGCGGAUUCCACUCGGGAUGAUCCUACGGGACGUGCUUGGUCUGUGGUGCUGCUGUUGUCAGAAAUGUCUUUGCAGCCUGGGGAGCCAGCGCAGAAGUGGAGCCAGUGGGCUGAGGCGCAUUAAACGGUUAGCGACUGCCCGGCACUUGGGAAUGCUUAAUUCAGAAUCAGGUGCAAUCAGCCAAGGUCCCUUUAGAAGCCACGUAAACUCGUGUGCUGUUUAAAAGACAACCCCCCAGUGUGGGGCAGCAGUCCAUGCAAACCCGGCAGCAGGGAUGUCGGGAGCUGGUGCGUUUGGCACUAGUGCUCGGGAACACUGCCGCACUGUUGGCUUGUCUUUAGUAAGGGAAGAGAGAGCGUCGCUCCCUGGCCCGAGCUGCAGUCCCGCUGCUCUGUCUUUGGAGGCCUCCAAAGACAGAGAGGGGGAGGUGGCUUCUUUCCACAGCAGGUGUCCACUGAACUGGGCUGUGAGGCAACAUUGCCCCAGGGAGACCUUAUUGCUAAUUCUCUCCACUAAUAAAUGUUACUCACCUUGCCACAGUGCCUAGCUAUUGGUGAGCACAGCAGCUUCCAACUGAGUUUGUACCAGGCUGUCUGCACCCACCUGCUCAGUGUUUAGCUAAUGCUUCUGCAGCUCACUCCUGCCCAAGGCUGAGGCUGGCAGGGGGCUGCAGUCUGGGUACAGGCUACACCAGUCUUCCUUUGCCAUGUGCCCAGGGCCUGGCAUGGCUAGUGCCACUCACUCCCAGCUCCCUGUCCGGCAGGACAUCCCAGAAUGCACUGUCCCACGUGCUGCUGGCACCGCUGUCUGUGCGUCUCCUGCUGAGGUACUAUGGGAUAGCUGCCCAGACUCUUCCCACAAUGCCCUGGUGCAAACCGAUUCCAGCAUCGGGCUGGGUGGGAACUCAGAAAAACAGCUUGGGACUGAAGUGGCUGCAUGUACACAACUCAGCCAUGUUUGUUGUGCACAAGUCAGAUGAGAACUGGUUAAAAACCACGGUGGUAUUUGUGGGGUGGACAGGGACUUAACUGCCGGUGACAGGCAGGUUCUCCCUCUCUAACGGAAGUUGUCUCAGCAGAGACUCAGUUGGUAACGUGUGGGGAGGGGGGAGCCAUUUAGGGGCAGUGAGGAGCCCUUCCUGGUUCCCCAGCCAAGCCCUUGUGGAGGUUCAUAAACCAUCUGGCCAAAGUUUCCUCAUUUUUCAUGUUCCCCAGGCCCCAGCACUUCCAGGCUCCUGCCCGAGCAGGAGCAGAAGAGGGGAAAUACCAGGAGAAGCCCAGCCUGGUUUUCAGCCUUGGGAGGGGGUUUAGACCACCAUCCAGGUGUAUCCAGUGAUGCGGGAUCCAGCCAUCACUAAGAACAGGCCUUAUCCUAUUGCAGACCCAGGAAAUGUUUGGGCUCUAAUUGCGCAGCAGCUACAAAGCUCUAGCCACCUGAAUCCCCUAGUACGAAGCCUGACCUGCUUUUCAUCAGCUUGCUCUUGAGUCAUCAGUCCUUAUUGCCUUAGCCUCGGAUGCAAUUUAGUGCCAUUGUCCUUUUCACCAGGAGGCUGUGGCUGGGGAUAACCUGGAGAUGGGAGACCCUCCAUCACCACAGUGUGAUUCCUCUAGGUUUGGAUGGAAAGGGCCAUUAGGGGGAGGUAGUUGUGUUGUACCAAAAUACUGCAGAGCUUUCAUGUGCCAUGGGAAGGCAUUUUGUGCAUGCUGUUAGAGGCUGAUCAGCGCAGCUGGGGGAGCUGACAGGCCCCUAAAGGCUGCCCUCUACAGAGAGAAGGCUGCUGUCAUGGGGUACACUCACCGCAAGGGCGCCUUCUCCUGGUUGCUCCAGGGAUU